ACCAGCGGCCGAGUUGGUGACGUCAUCCGACACACACAAGCGAGGCUCGCCAUCGCUGCGUAUCUACAUAAAUUCAUUGGUGUGCACGCACCGGCGCCGCACGCAUCAGCGCGAUGGCCACUGUUAAUAUUAUUAAAAAAAAACAUAGCUACAAAUAUUGUAUUGUGCCCACGUGUCGCUCCACGACUUUUAAAUGUCCAAAUAAACUGUUUUUUCACGUACCCAAUAAUCCAGUGAGACGCAGGCAGUGGUGCGAAGUUAUGAAACGAGACUUGAUCGGACCUAAAAGCACUAAUUACGUGUGCGAAGAUCAUUUUGACGUUGACAGCGACGUAGAAAAUAUAAUAAGAUAUAGGUUAUUUGGUGGAAUACCGAGGUUAAGAUCCAGUGUCUGUCCGCAUAAAUAUGUUUGCCGGAAUCAAGAAGAGUCUACAAUAACAGGUGGAAUUGAAGAGAAAACCCCUCCAACACAAGUAGUGACUUCAUCGGAGACAUCUCAAAAUGAUAAAACUAAAACACUAGAUCAACCAGAAGAAGUUGAUUUUACAGCUUCAGUGAUAGAUAAUAAACGCGUUAUAGCGAUCAAACGAAUUCCAGCUGAUGUAACUCAACGCACGGAUAAGCCAAUACAAAACAUUAAAAGGAAAACCAGCCAGAUUAAAAUAGAAAAUACACACAUACACACAGCACUUGUCAACAACCUUUUGGAGGACAUAUCUGCAGCGAUAUGUAGUUCUUCGAAGUCCAACCAAGACAAGGGUGAUGAGGAAGGCGAUGAAGCCGUCUCCACCAGCUCCGAACCGGACGUGAUAAAGAGCGAAAUCUGUUACACUGAUCACGAGAUUGUGGUUCCCAAUGUUGCGGAGCCUCCUGUCAAGAGACGCAAGACCAAACUGGAUGUUAUGAACACCAAGAUUGGAGAAUUGAAAGACAUCGUGAAUUCCAAUGAAAACGACGAAUGUGCUCUCUUCGGGAAGUACAUAGGGCUGCAGCUGAAAAAGAUGACGCAUGAGACCAGAACCAUCUGUCAGUUAAACAUACAGAAGUUGUGCUCUGAGGCGCUUCUUAACGAGAUACAUGAAGGCACCAGCAGGAUCACAGUUGACGUUGUUCAUAUGACCAAGUGAAAUGCCGAGUUUAUUUGAUGUGUUGGUUUAAUGCUUUGUUUGGAUGGGAAGAUUUUUAACGCAAUGACGGAAAAGUGUUUUGGGUUCUGCUGCAUUUUACAAGUAUUGCAGAAGCAACUCUAGGAUCACUUGAAGUUUAUUUGAUUCAAUGUUACAGCUGGCAAUUAGAAGAUCUUCAGGGUUAAUGCCUUAAAACAGCUUGUUCUUUGUCAUAUUAUAUGUGUACAUUUGGUAGUUAACGAUUAAAUAUUAUAUUAUAACUUGUACCUAAGAUUAUAUAUUAAGAUGUAUUGGGACUAAAGCAAAAUAUACAGGAGGGACGUAAUUAAAUUUACAUCAGAUCUAUCAUCAUCCUUUAUUUCCGUUAUAAAAUUUUUAUAAUCGCACUUGGCUAAAAUCAUUUAAUACCUGCAGAUAAUUGUAUUGCAAAUUAAUGAUUGAUAUUAAAUUAUUGUUUACUUCUAAAUUAGCAAAACAAGUACAAAGCGUAAUUGGGUAUUUGCUUUCGAAACUUUAAAUUAUUAAUAAAUUAAAAGAAUAUGUAUAGAAACAAUAAAAAUUCAUAAUGAAUACAUGUUUAAAUUGAUGAAUUUUU